AUGAGACCGCACUCCAACAAGCGUGGCCGUCGCAAUGACCGCGGCGACGACCGCAACGGCGACGAGCCCGAGCAACCCCCCGAGGACCCCCUCGCGAAUGCGACCACUCUCUACGUUGGAAACCUCUCUUUCUAUACCACCGAGGAGCAGGUCUAUGAGCUGUUCUCCAAGUGCGGCGAGAUCAAGCGUCUGGUCAUGGGGCUGGACCGGUUCAACAAGACACCCUGCGGCUUCUGCUUCGUCGAGUACUACACCCACCAGGACGCACUGGACUGCAUGAAGUACAUUGGCGGCACAAAGCUGGACGAGCGCAUCAUCCGCACGGACCUGGACCCGGGAUUCGAGGAGGGCAGGCAGUACGGCCGCGGCAAAUCUGGCGGACAGGUGAGAGACGAGUAUAGAGAAGAGUUCGACGAGGGCAGAGGCGGUCUGGGCAGAGCCCUGCAAGGACGAGAACGCAGCCUGGAAAACGACGAUUACAACCGCCUUGGAUAG